UUUCUAGCGACCUACAAUUAUUUUAAUAUUUUAAUUGUAUACACUGGUAUCAUAUCUGUGCUCUCAGCAGUCACAUCGUCCUCCCAUUUACUGUUAUCACUCUCAACAGGCGACUGAUUUAUUUGCUGCUCGAAGGAGACAAAACUCUUUAAUGAGGAAGACGUUUUACUGCAUACGCAGGCUGAGUAUCAUCAUUUCUUUAAGUAUGCUAUUUUGUUUUUCUAUUAAGUACCAUUUAAGGAAAAUACUGAGUGAUAUUGGGUUAUUACAUUUCUUUUAGUAAUGAGUUGAUGAUGUUGUGUUCAAUACUAAUUACCAGACUUCUCAUUAUCUACAAGCAGCUGUGCGUUAAUUUGUCCUCUCAGAAACACAUUUGUGAUAAAAACUGAAAGCUAAAACUGAGCCCAACCUUUUACACUGAUUUCAGAAAGUCAAUUUUAACUAAAAGAAAGUCUCUUUGUUGUCUGCACUCUGGUUUGGGGGAAAAUUGUUACAUUCAGGCAAAAAAGGUGGACUUUCUACAUAUUUGGUCUGUUAAUGUCCAGGAGCUUGACAGGGGAGGAUGUACAGUGACAGGUGUGGUGAUGCAGGGUAAGGUUUUUUGAAGGAGCAUGUGAGUUCUGUUUCAGGGCAGUUUCGCUUCCUGGAGCCGUCUCCUCCACCAGGAGGCGUUUGAGAGUCCGCCUCAGCUGUACCUGCCACUGGCCCCACCUGUCCAACCUGCCCUGCAGUGACUCCAUUAUUAGGACACACCUCCACUGCUGCUCUGCCUUUUCCUGACUCAGGCCCCGCCUGCUGCAGGAGAACGACCUGGAUACGCUCCACAUGUCCUGUUUAAACAAGUCAGCUUUCUCUUAACUCACACGGGAGGGGAAGGAUGUGAAGGUCAGGAAAGCUGUUGACUGCCACUCGUGUUAAAACCUUUUUUGCUGCCAGUUUCUUCCCUGAAGUCAAGCUGAUUUUGGUCUCUGCUCAGUGUCAUCUUACAUCCUGUGAUCAGACUGCUGUAAACUGGGAGGCGGCAACACUGAAUGGACAAAACAUGGGGUCAGAUGAGGCUUACAACUUUGUCUUUAAGGUGGUUCUAAUAGGAGAGUCUGGUGUAGGAAAGAGCAAUUUGUUGUCCCGCUUCACCAAAAAUGAAUUUAACCAUGACAGUCGCACAACCAUCGGGGUGGAGUUCAGCACACGGACAGUGCAGCUCAACAACUUCACCAUCAAAGCUCAGAUCUGGGACACUGCUGGGCUGGAGCGAUACCGGGCCAUCACAUCAGCGUAUUACAGAGGUGCUGUUGGAGCCCUGCUGGUCUAUGACAUCACCAAACACCUCACCUACGAGAGUGUGGAGCGCUGGCUAAAGGAGCUUUACGAACAUGCUGACCCCCACAUUGUGGUAAUGCUGGUAGGCAACAAGACUGACCUGGAGUCAGAGAGAUCAGUGCCCACUGAGGAGGCCAAAGACUUUGCAGAGAAGAAAGGCCUUUUAUUCCUGGAAACCUCAGCCUUGGAUUCUACAAAUGUAGAAGCAGCAUUUACCACUGUCUUAGCAGAGAUUCACAAGAAGGUAAGCAGUAAGGAAGUGGUCCGAGGCCCCAUGAGUGCAGUUACCCUGAACAGCCCUAAAGCAGAAGACACAGAGAAGAAGCCCUGCUGCAAGAACAUUUGACCUCACCAUCCUUCAGGACUCGGGCCUCACGGUGGAGGACUCCUCCUUGUGCCCCAAGCUGGAAUUUGUUGGAGGCAACCUCAGGCACCAGUAUAAAUGGUUCUGGCUUGAAUGCUGCAACUUUGAAUUGACUGAUUUAAGAGUGGUACAGCCGGCAUGGUGGUAAGAUGCAUUAAAACGACAGUUGAAAAUGUGAACAGAUGGAGCUGGAAACCACCAGCAGUCUUUUAAGUUUCUUCUUCACUACUGAACAAAGGUCAAAGGUGAAACUAAACUGUGUUACCUGUCAGAUUAUUUAUAAUCCAUUCAGGGAAUUGAAGACACAUCAUAGUGUGUAUGAUGUCUAAAAUAUGAGGACACAUGUUUCAAUGUUUUUUCUUAUAAUCAGCAGCUUGAUUGGUGGAAAUGUUUGUAUUCAUUGUGAGUGUUGCUGUCACUGCUGAGCAUGUGCUCCAGCUGAUUAUCUAUGAUGAGACUGAUUACAUAUCUGUUAAGAAAUAA